AUGGAUGAUUCAGAUGUUCACAAUGAUAUGUAUAUCCUCUGCCUCAAACAAGUGCAGCUGGUGAAGCCAAUUUAUCAAGUCGUGGAAGUGAGCGAAGCACAACACGAGCUGGAGGAUUGCGUGUGGAUACAGGGUGAUGUCAACAUUCCCAAGGCUCGUAAGACUCACUGUGACAAGUGCAACAAGCACACCCCACACAAGGUUACCCAGUACAAGGCUGGUAAGCCAAGUCUCUUUGCUCAAGGAAAGAGACGUUACGACAGGAAGCAGAGAGGUUUCGGAGGUCAGACCAAGCCAGUCUUCCACAAGAAGGCCAAGACCACCAAGAAGAUCGUUCUCAGAAUGGAGUGCUCAUGCGGUCACAAGAAGCAGCAGGUUAUCAAGCGUUGCAAGCGUUUCGAGCUUGGAGGAGAGAAGAAGAAGAAGAACGAGGCCUUGAAGAUUUAA